UCGCUCUCGUCUUUGACCCUCAUCUUUGACGGCCUCACGUCUGUUCUGGUUCAUUGACUCGUUCCAAUCUAUACACAAUCGGCAUUGGCCUCGAUCAACACCAUGUUGUCUCGUGCUCUCUUCGUGGGCUACCUGGCCCUCGUCGCUGGUGUUUUCGCCGCUGCCAUUGACGCGACGAACCACGCCAACGGCCGUUCCCCACCCAACGGAAUGAAUCCAUACACUACCACGAGUGGCAUCCUUACCGAUGUCGGUCCAACCCCUAGCCCUCGUCCUUCGGGCGUGUCUUGCUCUGGGACAUAUCACCCUAUCAACCUGAAGAUGGUCACCACGGGAGAGCCCAAGGACACUGACCGCAACGACUACUUCAAGGCGCAGCGCUCAGCUACGAUGCCGGAGUGGGCUACGCAGGUCCAGUUCCAUGGCAUUAACGCGCCUAAGGACGCCCUGUGUCAUUUGAAGCUGAGGCUGGCGUCCAAGGACAUCCAGCGUCAUACACUAUAUAUGGGUCCUCGUCCUUUCCUGGCCAUCUACCAAGUCCCUCGUGCACCUUACGAUGAACCUACUUGGGAGACCUAUGAACCGGCCCACACCAAGAUCUACAAGCCAACCUACCUGAAGGAAGUCAACGGCUCUUACAUCGAACAGAUGCGCAUCUACCGUUUCUUCGAUGCCUACUACGAUGCCGCCACCGUGCCCUGCAACGAGACCCUCACCUUCCAGAUCGGCAUGGCGUACCAGGAGCCAAAGACCUCUGACGGCUUUGACAUUGUGAAUGGCUGGGAGUUUGUUGAUUCCCCCCCUCCUAAUGAUAUGCUUCAGGGCUUCAAGAUCUGGGUUGGUCCCAAAUUUUGCCGUGGUGGCGACUAGAUUCGUUGCCUCCAAUUCUGCUGGCUCAGCUACAAC